AUGUGCGGCCCAGACACUUGCACCAAGCCCCGAGGCGGCGCUUUGGCCGUCCUCAACCAACCCUGCAGUCAGCCUAGUCCGUCAGCACUUAAUCCGAGAAUCCGUGGAGAUCUCGCAUUUCACACACCGGGAAAACCAGGGUGUACUUUCGCUACGCAUGCGCGAAUCACGGGCGGAGAGGGCUGUGAUUUACAAUCCUUUUCCGACAUGGUUGUUGUAAUACACAAGUCUGGUGACCUCACCCGAAAACCGGAAGAAUGCGGCUUAUUCCACCGCUUUGCGUUCUCUGGUGCCUCCAUCCUCGAAAACGGUUCUAUACUAGAGCUAGCGUUGCAGAGACCGGUAUCGUUGGAAGUAGGUGAUGAUGGCAUCAUCGGUCGCAGAAUUUCCAUCUUUCCAGGGACGGGAAUGGAUAAUGCUUGCGCUGAAGGCAUUGUUGGGUUCAACUUUGUGAAUGCACUUUGA